UCUAACACAACAUUUUUGGGGACCAGUCUUUUCAAUAGUGUUGUCUUCCACAGAACUUCGUUCGCUUCCUAAAACAGCUGGACCAGAGCUAUACGUUUCAGUCCUUCUUCGUGUUGAUCGCCUUCGUCUCGAAGCUUUGAACAUGUUCAUAAUUUUAAUGCAUGACGUCCAUUUGCAAAGUUUUCGAUCUUCUUUGAGACGGAUUACUUAAUUUUCUUCCGGCUUGCUGUACGUUAGAUGCAUCGUAGUUUGGCAACAGAAGUUCCUUUUGACUCAUUCUGCAUUGCAUCCAGGCUAAAAUCCCAUUCAAAACAUGAACCUUUUUUCACCAUUCGUGAAGGCCACAAAGCAUCUUUCGUCGGCCAUGUUGAAAUGUAGUCGACUUCUUCUCCCGACCCGAUCCGUGUGAGUACUCUUUUGUGUAUCUUUGUUGCGUGAUGUCGAAAAUUAAAAUGUCAGUCAUCCCUCCCUCAGCAUUACCGGGAGAGUCACUAGGAGAUGACUGACUUUGGGGCUAAAGUAACCAAUACUUCAAUUUUUGACCACGAAAGUAACCUAAUGGAUAAUGGAUAUUCUAAAUGCCUUUGUAGCAAACCAAGGUAAAAGAGCGUUGAUAUUUGGCAAGGGCAAUUCCGCACCCCCGCCUCCCACCCGGUGGGGGUUUUGUUUAUUGAAAACUACUGAUGGUAAACAAAUACUUUGACGUCCGAACGAUCAAAAUUUGCAUGUGCACAAUUUUUCCGUUGUCAGAUCGGUUUCUUUUGACAGAUCUGUUUUUCCAAAUCAAAAGGUUUAUAAGUAUUUUUUUGUCCUGGUCUGAACUCUCGCACUAAGCGUAUACAUACUGACGAAAAGAGAUUUAGGAAUGGCCUUGCCGUGAUAUUUGCCCAGAAUCUCAAGUCCUAUGAAUUAUAAAAUGGAAGGACAAGAUAGCACACUGGAUGACUAAGCGAUGAUUGGAACAAACCUUUGAUCAAGAUUGGUGAAGGAUCGAGAUAACUAUUGCGAUACAGGACAACGAUCAACUGCUGCGCCAAUAUCAAAAUUGAAUCCAAAAUUGUUUGUUGAUUCUGUCACGCAAACUGCGAAUUAUUUUUCUCGUAAUUACGAGGAUGACAAGCAGAGAACUAAAAGGUGACGAUCACAACAUAGGAUGUAGUAGUUAAAUUGCUUAACUGGCAUCUCAGUUCAAAUCACUGGACGGUAGUUUGAUGGCGACAUGUCAGGCAAUGAUGUACGACUUGGCCAGUAUGAGUUAAUCAAGUAUUCGUUUGGAGCUGUCCUGACUUGCACGGACGUAGCAACAGACAUAUUGAUAGCAACAAGUUACUAUCAACAUCGCCAAUUCAUCUGGUUCAGCUUUUGCGUCGCGUUUGCGGUGUUGCCAUCGGCCCUGUUAACUCUAGCGUACUUUUUACAAAGAUGUAGACAAGAAACAGCUAUCACACUGGUCAAGCAAUUUCUAUUCUUUGCCAAUCCAUGCGGAUCAGGGUUUCUAAAGAUCAAACUGCUUCUUGUCUGUUUACGCAAUUAUGAUGACGUUUGGAGUUAUCACGGCUGGCUUGUCGAAGAUGAGAAACUUCUACAGGACUACAGAGCGGAAAAAGUGUACCAUUUUGUAGAAGGCCUGUUGGAAAACAUGCCACAAAUGAUUCUUCAGAUUUACGUGACGAUUAUUCAAGAUGAGAAAAUCUCCGCCUUGCAGAUUAUUUCCAUUACUGUAACAUUUGUAAACCUUGUUUGGGUAUUAACUCUGUUCGAAUAUAGCAGUUUUGUUAAACAGGCAACACUAACCCAUUUCACUGCCAUCACAUUUUACAACGCUUGUCUCAUUGCCGCACGUGGGCUGUCAAUCGUAACUUUCCUUGUGGGUUUUAAAUGGGUCACUUCAGCAGUGUUGGCUUUCCAUGAGUUUGUUUGUAUUUCCAUCUACUUUUACAGAAACCAUGAAUACUUCAACGAGAAGGAAGUAUGGUGGAUUGCCUGUCUUCUCAUGCCUUGCUACAUUUUUGUGUAUUUGGGAUUCAAAGUCAAAGAUCUAAAUUCCAAAUUUUUCGACAUAAAACUUGGCAGAUCCAUUGUUUCUUCAUCACUGUUUUACCUGUGUUUUACAACUGAAAACGUUCUUAUGGUUUCGCUGUUUUUCUCGUGGUCAAAGACAAGCGAUUCGAGGUGGGAUCAAAGGAUUUCUAAAGUUAUCACUGUCUGUGUGAUUGUUUUAUCUCUGCUGGGCACAGUUAUACAUCUAGGAUUUACUUUUGUGUUCUUCCGCAAGUCAACCAGAGUGAGGCCGAGUUAUGAACAAGAAACCCAAGGUAUAGAGGCAAACCUUCAUUUAGACAAUCACAUGGACCAAUCAGGAUCACAAAUAAAUACAGACGACUCUAAAUAUGUUCUACAUUUUCCACAAAAGUAAGAGUAAAGAAAAAUGAUAAUAUUAAUAUAUUAUAACAACACUUAAUAAAUCGAUACAUGGUCAGUA